AAUGGUGGCAUUUACGUAGUUUGGUAAUAAAGAGAGUUAAAUGGUGGUGUUCGUGGGAUUUGAGUCCCUGGGGUUCUAGAACCAGAACCAAUCGAAAUUCUUUCUGACAAUAUAAAAAAAGAAAAAAUUAAAAAAAUAUAUAUAUUUAUUGUAUUUUAUUUUUUGAAAAAUACACACACAUAUAUAAGAGGAUCUUCCAUUUUACCUCAGGACCUGGAUUUUCUUCCUCGUCUAUCUCCAUCUCUGAAAACCCUAAUUAGAGGUCGCCGUUUGUGUUUCACUUCUGACUCUUUUGGACACAUAAAAAUAUAAGAUCAGCUUGUUGUAGGGUUUGUAUGUGGAUUGAUUACCUGGAUGCUGAAGGUGUAAUUGUUAUUUUAUCUUGUGUAUAGAUGGAGUGGUUGUUCUGUCUUUGUGAAGAAAUUUGGGUGUAAAAGGUCAGGCCAGAGGAGGAACAAAUGGAGGCUAAUAUAUGCGAUGUCAAUCAUUUGGAUGCUGACGUUCUUUUGCCUCCUCGAAAGCGUCUGCUAGCAGGAUUGAAAAAACAGAAUUCAGAUGGAGAUAGUACUUCGCAACCAUCUCUAGUUCCUGCUGCUUCUUCUCCAGCUUCUUCCUCUUCUGCUUCAGCAUCUGUGUUUGCUUCUUCUUUGUCACCUUCUUCAAGUGAAUUUAACAAUCGUCUUAACAAUUUGUUAAGUUCUCAUAGUGCAAAUCUUUCACCUGAAGAGAUAGUUGAUGCAUCAAGGAUAGCAGCUUCUGCUGCAGCUAAGGCUGCUGAGACUGCUAGAGCUGCAGCUGAAGAGAAGGCAGCGAUAGCAGCAAAGGCAGUGGCUGCUGCCAAAAGUGCUUUAGAUUUGGUUGCCUCUUUUUCUGAAGAGGGGGCCAGCAAAGAUAGAUACACGAGAAAGAAUAAGUUGAAGAAGCAUGUCCCAGUUCAGCUAUUGUACAAAAAAUACCAACCAAUUGAGAAUUGUAAGAAAGAUGAAGAAUUGGCUCGUAAGUUGCACAGAGCAAUAAACAGCUCCCCAAGAACAUGUAAGAAUUCUUCGAGUUCUGACUUGAGGGGUCAUAAACACAAGAAGCCUAAAAUCUCAUCCACUUCUGAGAGAACAAGGUCCAAUGGAGAUAUGGUAUUGGAGCAAAACCGUACAUCUGCUUGUAAUGGACAUGCUGUAGCAGGUGAGGUUGAUGAUUCUGAAGGUACCAUCCGAGAGUCGUACAAAAAUAAAGCAGAUGAAAAGGCAUGUAGAUAUGAUAAAGCUGGCCAAUUGGAGAUGGAUUACGGAGAAGCAGAAUCAAGUCAGACAAAUGAGAAAACUUGGGAUGAUAUAUCUACUUCUGGUAAAAAGAGAGGCAGAGUGAAGCUAAAAAAGUUGCCCUUGAGCAUAUGCACUUUCAGGGAUCAAGCAAAUCCCAAAGAAGAGGCUGAUACUAGAAGCAUGCCAUUGGCUGAUAUGAACAUGGGCAAUCCUACCGGUGGCAAUAUGCCUUUGUUUACCAUGGAUCCAUCUUCUGAGGUUGUAAGGCCAAUUGAGGCAACUUCAGUGUGGAAAUGUCAGCAGUUUAAUGCACCUGCAUGUGUAAAACAAAAUAAAGUUAUGCAGUCAUAACAUCCAAAUCCUAUUUUGGUGAAUGGUGGCUACCAAAGAUAGAAGUUGAUAGCUGAGGUAGGAUUCAAGAUGCUCUUCUUAUAGAAACGACGGCUUUGUUUCCUUUUAUCUUUUAUCUUUUUUUUUUUAUUUUUUUUAUUUUUUUAUUUUUAUUUUUAUUUUUUUCAUUUUGGCUUUGUAAUGAACAUGAAACUGACUUAAGUGUAAAUUAGAUGUUUAAAUUCCUUGCA